AGGCAAGUGCUGUAACGUCGACGGGUGACGCGUUGUGAGCAAAACCACGGGUUCGAGUUCGGGAGAAGGCAUGGCGGUCGCGGUUUGUGAGACCAUCGGGUCCGUUGCACCGGUUAUUUGAGGAGUUUUCGGGAAGUGUGUUUGUCCUCGUGGGAUUCGAAGCCAGUCCUUGCGAAAACUCUCUUGUCCCUGUUCCCCUUUCUUGACUCCUCCCACAAAUCAAUUUUGGACUUGCUCCCUGCGCCUGUUCUCCCAUUGGUCGGUCACGGGCCAACCAGGAAGCCCUGCGUAUGAGGUGAGAGGUUAGACCUUCCUAGUUGCUGGCUCUGGUUCUCUUUUCGCCGAAAGACUGUUCGUCGGUAAAUUUCUUGAGUGAACUGGAAUUGUCGGAGACUAUUUUUUCGAAAUCGCCCGUGUGUCUUGCGUCAAAGUGCCGGUUGUUCUGCGUGUGAUCCUUGGGAUUAUGUGGCAGCAGUGGCUUUGCAGAUGCACUUCGUGAGCGCCGCCACACGGACCACCGCAUCGCAUGGGGUUCGGUGAAUGUGUGCUUGAGCAUACCCGAAGAAGGGGGUGACGGAGAAGUUAGCAGUUCAGCUGAACCUAAGCAAGAGGAAGAGGUGCCGGUUGUUGAACAUACUAAUUGGCGAUUGUUCCAAGCACUGCUGGAUGCUGUGGUAGAGACUGAGGAGCAAGACAUGGGGGAUGCCAACAAACAGCAACAACAACAGGGUCAACAAACAGCUAACAGUGUGGAGCAGGGUCAGCAAGUGCAGGUGCAAAUGAGCCACGAUGGCAGUGCGGGGCCACAGCAGGCAGGCACCCAACAUGCAGUGGUUGGUGUCCAGCAGGCCCAACAUCAUCAGCAACAGGGUACAGUGACUGUGGUUUCAUCUGGUGUAGGAACUCCAACUGCAACACUGCAAACCCAGCAACAGCAGCAGCAACAGAUUCAGCAGCAGGUGGCUGUGUCAAUGCAGCAGAAUCCACCAGCUAUUGCCCCUGCUCCAUUGCCACCUCAGUCAGGGACCACCACCAUCACAACAAUGUCCACAUUACAUCCUUCCUUGCAGCAUCCAGUUCCUCCCCCCACCCCACAGCCUCUUGGGCAGCAUCCUGGUGUGCCCCACUCCCAGAUGCAGCAGGUCCAAGUCAUCCAACAACCAUUGCAGAACCCCACUUACCUGCAGCAAUUAUACAAUACUCAAGGACAACUGUUAAUGCCUGGCAACUUGCAGCUUCACCCUGCAGGCAUGAACCCAUCUUCAAUUCAUAGCCUGGGCAGCCUAGCAAGUUUUCAGUUCGCCACGAAAGCUGCAGCUGGUGCGUGUGGCUCCCAGCUGGUCUCUGGUGCAAAGGGGCACACUUUGGUGCCAGCCAACGCAGCUCAGGUGAUAACUGCAGGCAAGCCCUUCCAGCCCAAUCAGCUGCCACCGCAAAUGAUAACUGCACAAAAAUCGGUACUUCAAGGGCAGACAGCUUCAUUCCCUGGUUAUGCCACCAUUCCUACAACAACAAAUCAGACUCUGGUUAUUAGUCAGCUAGGUGUGAUUAGUAACCAGCCUAAUAUUUUACCUGCUCAUUCUGCGGCUGGUGGGAAGCAAUCAGAUAUGCAAAAGGUGAUGGGGGCAAAGAAUAUAAGUGGGAACGGACAAGCCCUGAAAGGUGCAGGGAACUCGGGCCAGCAGGUAUGCUCCUCAUCAGGGUUUGUGGUGUCGCAACCCCAGCAGCUGGUGACCACUCAGGCGCCCACCACUGCUGUGCUGGGCCAUGGCCAGGCGCAGUUUCUUAGCCCAAUCCAGGGAACUCAGCCUAUGCAGUUCUCACCAUGGCAAUUUGCAGGAGCGUCUUUGCCUCAGGGUAUUGCGUGGACUACUCCAGGCACUCUGCAGCCAUCUGCUGCGUUGCUUACAACUCAGAAUCCUAUUUUCAUUCGAGGGCAGCAAGAUGGCACUGGAAUGUUUAUUCAAAGUCCACCUCCUCAAUUGCAGUCUCAUAAUUCAGCUACAUUGGCCGCUCCAGCUGCGAUGCCUGGUGUCCAGCAGAUGGCAGGGAAGCCUCGGCAGACUGUGGAAAUGGCUCCCAACAUACAGCCAAAGACAGUGUCCCGAACCCUAUCCAACAUUUUGCCUUCAGUGCAGGCUAAGGUACGUGUGAAGCCAGCUCCAAAUCGCACCUCUCCAGCUCCUGGAGGAGGAGGAGCACAGAAAGCAGAUGCAGCCAAUCAGACUAAGCCACAAACGUUGAGCCCUGCUGGGCAGACACAGAUGUCAGGAUCAAACAGGAUUAUUCAGACAAGUACAAGUUCAACUACUACUGGAACAACAAUGACAGGAUCAGCAUCACCAGUGUCAGCGGAGAAGGGCCAGCAGACUCUUCUAGGUUCAGGACAGACUAAUAAUGCAGCUACAAAAGUAAUGCAGCAGGCUCAUCAACAAACAACUCAACAACAAGUGAACCAGCAAGCUCAGCAUGCCCUUGCACAGCAGCAGAUUCAACAGAUCAGCCUUCAGCAGCAGGUGCAAGCUCAACAGCAAGUACAGGCCCAAGCAUAGCAACUACUAUGCAGCCUCAAGAAACGCAGAACGGACAGCCCUCUCAGCCUCCAGCAGCAGCUGCAGUGACUGAGAGAAGUGGAGUGCCAGUGGGUGCAGUGUCCCCUGCUCCAGUGGCAGCUGCUGCCCUGAGCAUGCAGCCCUGCGUGGCUUCGUUGCCAGGACAAGCACCUACCCUCAUGGUCGCUCCUCCAGUGACGGGGCUAGUUUCUCCUCUCGUUGGAGCUGUAAUGGGUUCUGUGACAAUGGCUACGGCACAAGGCACUCAGACAUCGAAAGAUGAUACAGUGAAUAGUGGCAGUGCUGCAAGUACACCUGUGAAAAGCGAAGAAGCUACACAAGUGGUUCCGACACAGACAUCUACUACUCCUAGUGCAAACUCCAAUACACCUACAGAGCAAGGAACAUCAGUGGCUGAGGAAGCAGAAACGCCUAUGGAAACUGAUGCUUCACCACCAACACCCCAGAAAGAAGAGACCAAACCAGUGAAUGGAGAGGUUAUGGUAAAUGGCAUUGAUGAGACCAAAGAGAAGGACAAAGGUCCACCUAAAGCCAUGGUGAAACCUCAAGUGUUGACACAUGUUAUUGAAGGCUUUGUUAUUCAAGAAGGUAACCAUUGCUUUGCCUCGGAGCCAUUUCCUGUUAGUCGCUCUUCAUUGUUAAAUGAUAUUGUACCCUCUGCCAAAUCAGGUCAAGAUAAAGAAAACAUCCAUACUGAUUGUGAUGAACCUCCAAAGAAAAAAGUGGCUAUGUCUGAUAGUCAAACUAAUGUGAUGAUGGGUCCAAAAGGAGAAUUAGCAAAAUGUGAAUUUUGUGGGAAGAUCGAUUUAAGAAGCAAAUUCAAGAAAGCAAAGCGUUUCUGUUCUAUGAGCUGUGCAAAGAGCAAACGUGUUGGAUUUUUCAAGCCAGUUGUAGAUACCAAUGAUGUGAAAAACAAGAAAAACACCAUUCCUCAAGAUGGCAAGGAGUCAUUUCAAAAGUCACCUUCAAAGAAUCAAGACUGGAAUCAAGCACCUCCUGAAGCAGUGACUGGUACAGAUGAAAACACAGAUACAAACGACUCUGCUGCUUCUGGUCCUGAAAGUUCUAUGUCACCAUCAGAAGCUCCAGAGAUGCCUGCUGUUGACAUGGAAGAUAGUUCAGCCUCAGACUCUGCUGCUCCUCAACCUGUUCAACGAAUAAAUCCCCUUAAAUGGACGGUUGCAGAAGUUUGUGAAUUCAUUCGCACUUUACCUGGCUGUUCGGAUUAUGUGGAAGAUUUUGCAAUACAAGAAAUUGAUGGUCAAGCUUUGAUGCUCUUGAAAGAGGAUCAUUUGAUGACAGCGAUGUCCAUGAAGCUUGGUCCUGCUUUAAAAAUUUGUGCAAAAAUAGAUACAAUGAGAUGUGAUGUGAAAGAAAAGUGAGACUUUUUAUAAAAACUGACCUUUUUGUGCUUGACGUCAUCAACGUGUUGAGAAACAUAACUGUUAUUGUGUUACAAAACUUACAAGAAUUUUAAAUGAUCACGUGGAAGUGUUCUUGUAUCAUAUUUUUAUGUGAGAAUUAAUCUUAUUUGUUUUGUGAUGUUUACUAUUCAGCCCUCUGUAUUUGUGAUCAUUUAAGUGUAAUUGAUGUGCAGCAAAAGGGAUCAUGUUUUGCACAAGUGACUCCUUUGUUCAUAUUGAACAACAUCCAGCCACAAUCAGGAUCUGUAAAACAUAAUUGGCUAGUGGGUAACUUUGUUAUUCAAAUUUGUACAUUCCCCUGUCUUUAUUUAAUAUUUUCCCAUUUCAUUUGAUCUAUGUUAAAUAUCCAUUGUAUAGAACAUUUUCAAAUGUGAAGUUGAUAUUGUUUUAUUUUGUAGCUCUAUUUCAUGAAAAAUAUUGACUUUUUUUUAUCAUUCCUGUGACUCUCAUUUGUUGUGGAUGAGUGUAAAGUUAAAGCAAUGAGCUUCAAAAUUCCUUUCUGUGGUCUUGAGAGCAGAUCAAAGGAAAAUGAAAGACUCUUACUCCUUAUAUAGACUAUGUGAAUAUCAUGACUUUGUUUUUGUAGUUUUUGGCUGCAAUAUGUACACAUAUGUGAAGACCAUGUAAUAUAUUGUGAAAUGUGUAAUUUAUCUUACAUGAGAAAAACUACUAUUGUUAUAUUGUACAUAUGUAUAUUUGAAUAGAUGUCAUAGGAUUUUACCUGGCUAAAUUGUCCAGGUAAUGAGUGCAAUGUAGUUUGUAAAUGCUAGAAUGUCAAUUAUAUUUAUAAAAAUUAUGUUUUUUCUGAGCUUUAUUCUGAAUAUCAUUGUGAAAAUGCUUUCUUUAUUGAAAAAAUGAUCAUUUACCAUGGGGUAUGGUAUUGAUCAGUAUUUGUUAGAGGUAUAAUUUGUUUGUGUGUUUCAUGAAGAUAAUAUCUUCUUAACGAUAACCACAUAACAGAAGCUCACGUCACUGCCUAUUAUAAAAUUUAUUGUACUGAAGAUACCUGUUGAGUAAAUGUAUAGAUUUUGUAUUGAAUGAAUUUUUCAACAGAAAAUUCAAUACAAAUUGUCUCUUAUACUUAAAUCAUUAAAUACUCUAUGCUAGAC